UUUCAACCAGCGCGAUGGCUCGAACGACGUCGUCCGCAUACGCUCCUAAGCGGAUCAUCCUCUGCUUCGACGGGACAUGGCAGACGGCCGUGUCCGGGCAGCAGAACUCGCCCUCCAACAUCACGCGCCUGUGCCGGGCCAUCAAGCCCGUCGCCCGCAUCGGCGACCAGGACUGGCAGCAGGUGGUCUGGUACGACUCCGGGGUGGGCACGACCUCGCUGGCCGUCAGCAAGAUGCUGGAGGGCGCCGUGGGCGACGGGCUGGACGGCAACAUCGUCGAGGCCUACAACUUCGUCUCGAUGAACUGGAACCGCGGCGACAAGAUCCUGUGCUUUGGCUUCUCGCGCGGCGCGUACACGGCGCGCGCGGUCGCCGGCCUCAUCGCCGACGCCGGCAUCUGCGAGCCGCACAAGCUGCACCGCUUCCCGGACCUGUGGAAGCAGUACAAGAACCUGAAGCGGAAGGGCGCCUUCUACAACAGCGACGACUACUUCCAGUUCGUGGAUGGGAAGGUCAGCGAGCACCACCGGAAGCAUCCCGGCACCGCCACCGGCUUGGCCUGGGAGAUGCAUGCCAACCCUGGCUGGGCGCAGACGGACUCCCGCGAGGUGGAGGUCGUCGCCGUGUACGACACCGUCCAGGCGCUGGGCAUCCCCGAGGUGGCCGGAGUCCAAUUGCCCGCGAAUCUGAUGUGGUGGAAGGACCCCCCCGGUUGGCACAACGUGACCCUCUCGCGGCAGAUCAAACACGCCUUCCAGGCGCUGGCUCUCGAUGAAUACCGCAAGGCCUUCUAUCCCGAGGUCUGGUGUUUACCCUCCGGUUACCCCAACGCGGCACUCCCGGAAGUCCGCGCCCAACUGGAGGAGGAAGUCAAGAGCAAGCGGGAGGUUUUGAACAAGGCCGGCGCACGGCAACGGCAGCUGAUCAAGGAGGCGGAGGAGCACGGCAGGCUCCAUCCGACGGACUACGAGACCCUGGACCGGCUGGCCAAGGGCAUCAACCUGGCCAGCAAGAAGGUCGGGGAAGCCCGACGCGACUACAUGGUCAGCCAUGACAAUCUCCAUCUGGGCACGCCGCAGCUCACGCAGGUGUGGUUCCCGGGCUACCACAUCAACGUCGGCGGCGGCUCGAGCGACACGCUGAACAACUACGGCGACAUGGAGGAGAUGUCGAACAUCGUGUUCGCCUGGAUGCUGGACCAGAUCGCGCCGUUUGUGGGCAUCCGCGAAACGACCAUCAAGGAUCAUUACAAGGACCGGCAAGCGACGAUCGCCACCCUGAACGCGGCCCUGGAGAAGCAGAAGGAGAUGGCCAAGACCGAGUCCUGGGGGGAGUACCUGGGUCGCGGGGCGAGGUGGCUCGGGUCGGCCGUCAUGCAUCCCCUCACCCCCGCCCCGUGCACCGAAACGCGCCACUAUACCUGGGGAUUGGGCGACAUGCCCGACAGCUUCUCCACCAUGUAUAUCGCCAACGGUCAGAAGCCGCGCGCGCCCAGUUCCCACUCGUACCUCGACGACAGAAAGGAGAAGGGAGUCCGCGGUGCCACCUGCGCCUACAUCCACCCGGUGGUGAACUACCGCGUGCAGCACAAAGAGGGCUACUUGCCCAUGGGCCUGACAAAAGAGCAGUAUAGCCGCCAGUUGGUGGGCGAGAAAUUCUUCUACACCCUCAAGGAUGAAACGUUGCCGGAGUGGAAUUUGGGGGGGAAGGGCUCCUAUGAAUUAUUGGCUCUCGCGCAGGACGAGGCUGCAAUUGAGUAUAUGGCCCAGCAGCACCAUGCGGAAGCGGAGAAGCUUUGGCCUGAAGUGCAAGCGAAGCGGCAGGCUCGGGCCAACGGUGCUUAGCAUCCCCCAAUGAUCUGUUGAUGUAUGUGUGGAAGAGGGGGAGCAGGAGCAGUGCAAAGAUUUUGCCUCAGGCUUAGGAUAAUAUCCAUGGGUCUGCUGU